AUGGCUGCAAACACUUCCACCAAUGCUCCUGCAAUGAUGGGAUCGACCAUUUUCAAAUCUCAUGCUGAGAAACCAGAGAAGUUCAAGGGAGAAAACUUCAAAAGAUGGCAACAGAAGAUGGUCUUCUACCAUACCACCCUAAAUCUUGCUCACAUUAUAAAAGAGAUAUGUCCAACUACUACCCUAGAAGCAAUCACUCCUGAAACUGAAGCUGCCAAGCAAGCGUGGUUACAUUCAGACUUCUUAUGUUGCAACUACAUUCUGAGUUGCAUAGAUGACACCUUGUAUAAUGUCUACUGCAAUGCCUUUGAUACUUCAAGGCAGUUGUGGGAGGCAUUAGACAAGAAGUAUAAGCUAGAAGAUGCUGGUACUAAGAAAUUCCUUGUUGGAAAGUUCUUAGAUUAUAAAAUGGUUGAUACCAAGUUGGUUGUCAAUCAUUUGGAAGAAUUGCAAAUUAUCAUUAGUGAUUUGCAAAGUGAAGGAUUGGUCAUUAAUGAACCAUUCCAAGUUACUGUUGUGAUUGAGAAAUUGUAUCCUGCUUGGAGAGAAUUCAAAUGUUAUCUCAAACACAAACAAAAGGAGUUGUCCAUAGAGAAUCUUACUGUGAAACUUCGCAUUAAAGAGAACAACACAAAGGGGGAUAAAGAGCCACAAAAAUUUGAAGCUAAAGCACAUAUUGCUGAAGCUUCAAGGCGUCAUCCCAAGAAGAACCAAUCAAAGACAAAGAAUCUUGGGCCAAGGAAUGACACUAACAAGCACAUUCCUGCAAUCUGCUAG